AUGCGCUUCGCCACGACUUCGUUCUUAUCGGUGACCUUGGGUCUCUUGGUUUCCUUCAUUCAAAUUUCUGUGGCCGCACAGGGUCCAAUCGUUUCUUUGAAGCAAGGAUCAUUUCAAGGAAAUGCAACGGGUGAGAUAGUUAAAUUCUUGGGAAUGCCAUUUGCCGCUCCGCCUAUCGGAAAUUUGCGGUUCGCCCCCCCUCAACCACCACUUUCAUCUCAAGGUGUCCAACAAGCAACUUCGUUCGGAGCGGCUUGCUUCCAGCAAUCACCAGGGACAGCGCAAAUUCUGAACGUCAGCGUAUCGACCAUCCUUCCGCACCCAGCUGUGGUCUCUGAAGACUGUCUCUUCAUCAACGUAGUAAAGCCAGCACAAAUUCCCGCAGGCAAGAAACUCCCCGUUGUGUUUUGGAUUUACGGUGGCAAGUGGGGUUGUAUCGAUGAUGCACUAAAAGUUCACCAUUUUCCAGGCGGUUUUCAGACUGGUGACAGUGCUUCAAACCCAGGAGAUACGGUUGUGGCUCGGUCAAUUGCACUGGGUGAGCCGGUGGUCUACGUGUCAGCGAACUAUCGCCUCAAUGUCUUCGGGUUUUUGCAGGGAAAGGAAGCCAAGGCUGCAGGUCUUGGCAAUAUUGGCCUCCGAGACCAACGGAUCGCUCUUCAUUGGGUUCAAAAGAACAUUGCUGCAUUUGGAGGAGAUCCAAAAAAAGUAACAAUCUGGGGAGAGAGCGCAGGGGCAAUUUCGGUGUCCUUUCAAAUGCUUGCUAACGACGGAAAUACAAAUGGGCUCUUUCGGGGGGCGUUUAUGGAAUCCGGAUCUCCAUUCCAGCUUAGGAAUAUUACGACGAACCAGCAGUUCUUUGACCAGCUUGUGAUGGAUGUGGGAUGUACAGGAUCAAGCGACUUGAUUGGCUGUCUGCGGACUAUUCCAUUCGACAAUCUCGGGGCAGCUGUCAAUAAGUCUCCCAACGUAUGGUCAUUCACCAGUCUGACACUAAUUUGGGGGCCUACUAUCGAUGGAAAUGUUAUAAAACGUGCCCCUCAAGAGUCGCUUCUGAAAGGUUUGUACGCGAAGGUCCCAUUCGUUACCGGCGAUUGUGACGAUGAGGGAACAACCUUCUCAUUCGGCAAUAAAAAUAUCACGACCAACGAUGAAUAUCUAAGCUACAUAAAAUCCAAUUAUCUUCCUGGUAUUUCUGAUGAUCAGUUGGCCCUCGUUGCGGAUGCAUAUCCUGAAGACCCAACUCAGGGGUCUCCCUUCGGAAGCGGCACAGCAAAUGCGCUGACUCCUCAAUUCAAACGAAUCUCUGCGAUACAAAGCGAUUUAUUUUUCCAGGCUCCUCGAAGAUUCUUUUUAAAAUUAGCAUCGAAAACCCAACCCACCUUCGCAUUCUUGAUUCAAUAUCCAGCAUAUAAACGUGGAAAGGCGACCCCGUACUUGGGAGCCUAUCAUUCAUCUGAUAUUCCCGAGUUUUAUGGAAGUGGCGCAAGCCCCGAUUAUAUAGGCACGGAUGCCCUUGGUAAGGAGUCUUCGAGGUCUCAGCCCUCCGCUACUCAUCAUUCCUCAGUUAACUUCGCCAACGCGCUCAACCCAAAUACCCACAAUCCAAAAAGUUUGCUAUCUUCGGUCAAUUGGGAUCUAUGGGGGUCAUCAACCAGCGCCCCCCCUUUGCUCACUUUCUUCGAUCCUGCGCCUUCAGUCAAUAUCACCUUUGACAAUUUUAGAGUAGAUCAGAUAAAUCUACUGACCGAAGUGACUCUGAAGCUCUUUGGUUGA